AUGGACGAGGCCGAUGACAAUCUCCUGAGAUUGCUUGGACCACCACCAUAUCAGAUAGAAGAACGACAUCUCGAGAGAAUCUUCGCCAACUACAAACCAAGAGAUAUCACAAUCGGACGACUCAUCGAUGGUCCGCCGUGGAUCGAGCAAGCCGGCCAAAACUCGAGGAUAUAUCAGCUGUUCUGGAAAAAUGUUCCAUUGGUUAUUCUUGCAGAGACCUACCUUGACCCACCGGGACAGCUCACUGGCGAUAUCUCUGCAGAACUUGCUAUACUAGGCGUGGAAACACCAUCAGAGAUUGCGUGGGCGAAUGUAGACAAUUUCAUCAACAGGUACUUUCUCAGGCCUGGAUCUUCAUGGUGCGAUGCAGGUGAUCAAACCAUCAUUUACGAGAUACCUAUAUACUGGUCUUUCGAGGACUCUAUCGAAUUCGCUCAGAACACUUUUCCUCGAAUUGAUGAAGAUAACAUUGCCGGUCUUCUGGGCACCUUUGAACAGCUAAGAUGCAUGCAUCCUUACUAUCGCCGACGGCUGACUCCAAUUUUCAUCUAG